UGCAGGCUGCAGACAGGAACCCACGGGGCAGUCGGGGUCGUGGUGGCCACGGGCUGGGGUUCCUGUGGAUGGCUGGUCAGGCUUGGCUGGGUCAGCCUGAGUCAGGCCCACUGCCUUGUGUGCUGAUCGUGUCCGAAGCUGGGCCCUGCCUCUCAGAAGCUGUCACGCCCCCUCCCAUCCCACAGCAGCUGAGAGCCAACUUGCCCAAAGUGAAAGAGAAAGUCGCCCCCCCCCAGGCCGGCCCCGCCCCGCCCGGCGGCCAAUCCCGGCAGCGGGCACCUCCCUUGGCCCCUGGAUCUCCUCGGUGAGCCCGGUGGGCUGUAGUCCUGGAGGUGCACCUCAGGAACAGAAGCCGGGGUUUUGAAAUUCCCCGGAAAGUGGAGGACCGCCCCUUCCCCCUCUGUCCCACCCACGCUGCGCUGCCUCCGUCCUCCACCUUCUGGGCUGGCUUCCACCUCUCCGGCUCCCACCUGGGUGCGCUCAGUUAAAUGGCUGAUAAGCAGAUCAGUCUGCCAGCCAAGCUCAUCAAUGGCGGCAUCGCUGGGCUGAUCGGGGUCACCUGCGUGUUCCCCAUCGACCUGGCCAAGACGAGGCUGCAGAACCAGCAGAAUGGCCAGCGCAUGUACACCAGCAUGUCUGACUGCCUCAUCAAGACCAUCCGCUCAGAGGGCUACUUCGGCAUGUACCGCGGAGCUGCUGUGAACCUGACCCUUGUCACCCCGGAGAAGGCCAUCAAGCUGGCCGCUAACGACUUCUUCCGAUAUCAGCUCUCCAAGGACGGGCAGAAGCUGACCCUGCUUCAGGAGAUGCAGGCCGGCUGUGGGGCCGGCACCUGCCAGGUGAUUGUGACCACCCCCAUGGAGAUGCUGAAGAUCCAGCUUCAGGACGCAGGCCGCAUUGCUGCCCAGAAGAAGUUACUGGAUGCCCAGGCCCAGCUGUCAGCCCAGGGCGGCGCUCAGCCCUCCAUGGAGGCUCCGGCUGCUCCCCGGCCCACAGCUACCCAGCUGACCCGGGACCUGCUUCGGAGCCGGGGCAUCGCCGGCCUCUACAAGGGACUGGGGGCCACAUUGCUCAGGGACGUCCCCUUCUCCAUUGUGUACUUCCCCCUCUUUGCCAACCUGAACCAGCUGGGCUGUCCCUCAUCCGGGGAGAAGUCUCCUUUCUAUGUGUCAUUUCUGGCUGGCUGUGUGGCUGGGAGUGCGGCCGCCGUGGCCGUCAACCCCUGUGAUGUGGUGAAGACAAGACUUCAGUCGCUGCAGCGUGGUGUCAACGAGGACACCUACACGGGGUUCCUGGACUGUGCCAGGAAGAUCCUGAGGCACGAGGGCCCCGCGGCCUUCCUGAAGGGCGCCUACUGCCGUGCCCUGGUCAUUGCCCCGCUGUUCGGCAUCGCUCAAGUGGUCUACUUCCUGGGCAUCGCUGAGACCCUGCUGGAGCUGCUACAGCGACCCCAGCACUGAGCCCGGCGGCCACCUGCGCCCUCCAACCGAGUGGGACCAGAGUGGGGCCGGAGCCAGGUGGCCCGCCCAGGACUGAGCAAGAGAAAGUCUCUCCCCACCCUUCCCACACGGGUGGGGGGAAGCAGAGGAAGGGAUGAAGGGUCCACAUGGGUGGUGCACACAGAGGCCCCUUAGGGGUCCUGCUUGCACGACCACUGGGAUCAAUGUCUUAUUUAUGUAGAAAACACAGAAAAUCUUUACAUUCCUGGAGCCAGCCCCCCGCCACAGCUCCGCCCCGGCCUGAAUACCCCCAGGGCAGAGCUGGUCUCUGGGCUGGGGCCCCCAGGCCAGGGCUGGGCAAGCGGGACCCUACCCUCCAGUCUACCAGCUCUUGUCCCCGAGGCUUGGUCCCUAGUCUACAAAGGGGACCCCGCACAAACCUAUUUAUUAACUUGCGGAGCACAAGUGCUCUGUCCAUCCCUGUGUCCAUCCGUCCAGCCUGCCCCUGCCACUGCCCUUCUCGCCUUGGUCAGGACUCCACUUUGCCCCCCCAGCCAGCCUUGCAGGAGGAUUGGGGUUUCCUGCGCCCCAUGUUGAGCCAGGAGUCCCAGGCAGGGGGUCACACUGAGUUCUGACUCCCAGGGCAAGCCCCCCCCCACACUCCACUGUGGGACCCAGCAUCCCUCCUGGUAGGCCUCUCUACCCCACUCCAGGCUGGGGCCUGCAGCGUGUGAGGUCUGUGUGCAUGUGCAAAUGUUCUGGGGAGCAGGUUGUGUCCACCAGCCCUCCACUGGCCUCAGAGACAGGGCUGGGGGCGGUUGGGGUGAGGGGUUGCUGGCCUUACCCACAUGGCCAGGUAAUGUAUGUGUGUCUGUGCCGUGUAUGCCCUAUAGGCUCCCUUCUGACCCCAUUCAGGAAUUUAUUUACCCAGUCUGGUUCUUGCUGCACCUCAGCAGACCCCCUCUUCUGAGACACCCCCACCCCCCCGCCCCGGGUCCAGGAUUGGCCAGUGGGGAGGGCAGGCAUGAGGACCAGUAUGGAGCCUGGGGGUACUUGCUCUAUUUCCAGGGGCAGGACCUGCUCCCUCAGUCCUCCCAGGGCCCACCCUACUCUCGGGGCGUCUGCAUUAGGCCCUUGACCACACUCCAUAAGCUCUGCCCUCCCGGGACCGCCCUCCUACACUGAUGUUGUGAAUUGAGGCAGGCCUGCCUGCCCUGCCCCUCCCCUCCCCGCCCUGCCCUGCCCCAGGCCACGUGAUUGUGUUGGUGAUUGAUCCUGAUGUGCUGGUGCUGUGUACCCCACCUGGGCUCCCUCCUCCGAGGCCCCUCCUGGUGACACUACCUGGGGCUCAGGCCGGGGCCCCCCAGGUCACGGCUGUCCCCGGGAGCUGCCCUCUCCCACCACCUCUGUACCUUGGAAGCUGCUGCUGCUUACAGAAUUAUAUUUUUUCUUUUCAAGAGUUUUAAGAAGUUGUAACUUUUUGUGUCUUGUCUUGUGAGAAGAUAAAUAAAUAUUCUAAGUAGA